AUGUGGACUUCUUCUCCUCCUCGUACUCCUUUGGAGGUCACCUUUGAGGACAACAACUCCGAGCCUGGCACUAUCACGCCCGAAUACGAUGCCAUGUCUCCUGUCGUCGCCCAUCUUGAGAAGCUUGCUGUCACUCAUAAGGAUGAACAAAUUGAGGACUCUGCCACCACUGAGUAUGAGCCUUCCCUCGAGACCAACACCUUUGGUGGGAACAGCUCUCCUCCUGAGUCACCCAUCGAAGCUUUCCUCCUCCGUCCUGAGACUCCUCAACAACCAUACAGCCGUUGGAACACUGGCACUAAUACCACUGUUCACAAUGGACAAGUCUUCACAGACCCGGAGAUCCAUGCUAUGUCUCUAGCACUUGCCGAAGCCCGCCACAACGGUGAAUUUCCUGGCACCUCGGAGACCGCUCUCGAUGCCCAUGCUGUUGCUGAGGACUUUAGCUCUCUCGUAUAUCUACGACGUAUUCGCGGUGACAUUCUGAAGCCUGCUCCACCAUCUUGGGUUCACCUUCGUGAGCAGAUUGCACUUGGUAUUCAACAGCGCUCUGCAUCUCGUCGUCGGUGUGAAAGCCAGAAUGAAGCCGCUCGUCGUGUCAACCACUACCUUCAAGCUGUUGAGGAUGAGCAGCGCUACUAUCAUGCUACCAACGCAGUGGUCCGACGUCCCACUCAGCAAGGCUUCAGCAAUUUCGAUGAUGAUAUGUGCUCUAUGGUCGAGCACACUAUUGAGCAGAGCAUUGCCGAUGCUACUGGGCCUCUGCGCAUGAACCUCAAACAACAAGGUGAAAUAUUCCAGCAUCAAAACGGUAUUCUCCAACAGCAUGAUCAUUUCAUCAAGUGUCAGGAUCAUGUUCUCCAGCAACAGAACGGACUCACUCUGCAACAAGAGCGCGCUGUUCAGAAACACAAGGACCUCGUUACGCGGCAAACGGGAACUCUUCAGCACUAUAGUGAUCUUCUCCAGCAACAUCACAACCUUGCUCAGCGACAAGACUGCGCCAUUCAGCAACAGAACAGUCUAGCUCAACAGCAUGCUGGCUUCCUCCAGCAGCAGAACGACCUCACCCAACAGCAAGCCGGAGUUGUUCAGACGCAGAGCAACCUUGUUGAGCGACAAGACCAUGCUCUUCAACAGCAGAAUAGUCUAGCUCAACAGCACGCUGGCUUCCUCCAACAGCAAGACUAUGCUCUCCAGCGCCAGUACGAUCUUCUACAAAACCAGUCAUACUCUCUUCGCACGGAGAGCCGUUUCUUCAAGAAGCAGAACGAUGCUCUCGAGAAACAGAACCAAGCCGUCCGAGAACAGCUUGACGUCCAGUCUGCUCACCUCGCUCGUAUGCAAGGCCUUCUGGAGCCUCAUGCCUACAAUAAUCAUGCAACAGCCCAGAACCUCGCCAGCGCUAACCAGCUUGUCAACAACCUCUCAAACGAGCUCCCUCAAGUCAUCAAGAAGGCUGUCGAGGUUACUAUUGAGGAGACUGCCCGACUCCACGCUCGUCAGGCUCUCGAGUCUGCUGUUGAGAUUUGGCAGCAAGGAGUUCGCAGAAACAUGUCUGUGACCCAAAGCGAGUCUACAAGCGAUGUGUCUAUGGACACUCUGGACAAGCACGAACUUGACACCGAGGCCUCUACCACUGCGGCUAAGAAGCCCGGGAAGAAGCAGAAGAAGACAACUACUCAUUCUGAAGUCAUUGAGCGAAGUGAACGAUCUUCUCUUUACCGCAUGGUGAGCAAGUUCAAGCGCCGCCGUAUUGCGCGGAAUUAG